AUGGGAUUGUUCUCUGCGUUUAAAGUUAAGGCAGAAGAACAUGACAUUAUUCUGCAGAGCGUUCAAAAUUUAAAGAGGGCAAGAUUCUCCCUGAAGGUAUCUGUAAUGAAAGGAAAAUAUCUUCGAAAAGAUCCUAAUGGGUACAGCGACCCCUACUGUAUGCUGGGAAUUCUUCUGGGUUGGAACCGUCACGAACUUGAAGGACGGAAGGAACGUUGGUUCAGCAUCCACAAGAAGAAGGAAAAAAUGGAGAGGCUUCCCAGUGUCAGGGACAGGCUCUCAGAAAAGUGCAUCCAGGUCACAAAGGUCAAACAUGAGACACUCCACCCAGUAUGGAACGAGCACUUUGUCUUUGAGGUUGACGAUGUCCAACGUGAUCUGCUCCAUCUAGACAUAUGGGAUCAUGAUGACGACGUUUCUGUAGCAGAAGCCUGUAAGAAACGUAAGGAAGUCAGGGGAUUGAAAGGUACUGUAUGGGCUGUGUUGGUUUGCUACUUCAGAUAUUUCAAGCAGAUUGCUAAGUCUGUCCGAAAUAAUAGCACCUCUGCAUCAUCGGCAGAUGAAGACGUAGAUGACUUCCUUGGCUGUAUCAACAUUCCCAUUAAUGAGAUUGACAGGUGGUUUAAACUUCAGCCACGAUCCAGCGCCUCCAAAGUGCAAGGGGAAUGUCACCUGAUACUGAAGCUUUUUUGCACUCAAAGGGACACAUCUUUAAGUAAGAGAGACUCGCAAGUGACCCUUUAUGAAAAAUUGCUGAGGCAAAUUCUUCAGUAUGAGCAUCUGCAGAAAAGAGAAGGCUACAGCUGGAACGGUGAGCUGAGUGAACCAGCAGGGGCCGUGCUGUGCUACCAUGCCGUGCAGACCAACCUGUCAGCCCUCCAGCUGGCCAUCAUAAGAUGGAGAUGCUACAGUAUGCACCACCGAGUCCAGCCGCUAUGUUACUCCUUCCUGCUUGACCUCAUGAAGACCCUGGAGGCAGAAUGGGAGAUGUCCAAUGUAGAAGGAGAGAUGGAGACACAUGUGGCAGAGAGCUUUGAUCUCCAUGUACAGCAUUGCCUGUCCCUGAUACAGAGCCUGCCUCAGGUGUUCCUGUGCUCCAAGCCCAGCUCCAUCACACGCUGUGAGCUCAUGCUGACGGGACUGGGACAUAUUCUGACCAUGCAGGCCUUUAAGAAAGUCUGCCCUCAUCACCAGUAGUUGAACAGAGAGAGAGCUUCAGUAAUAAAGAAAAGUAUAGUGGAGUGGUAUAGAAGCACGAUGUCACUUUAUAAACCACAUCAAGGGACUCUGAAGGAACAGCUGAGGAACCUGGUGCUGCUGGUGGAUGCAGCGUGUGCCCAUAUGCAGAGAGCUCACAGUGUCUACCAUGCACUGUUCAGCAGUUCAUUGAAAUUGGAUUUCUUCAACAUUUCUUAUCAACAGCUGGAAGAACUGGUGGCCAGUGACAUGCAGGCCUUGAUGGAGAUGGUGUGUGGGACCUUGGAGAAGGACAGCAGUCACAUGACACAGCCCAUGUGGGACACACUCUUUGAACUCUAUAUGUCCUUGAAGACACUCCACUUUAGAGAAUUUCUGGCCCUGAAGGACAUGAAGACAUUGGCUUUAACGGGAUUCCAAGAGUUGUUUAAGACCACUAUUCACAAGUGGCUUCAAAUAGUUUACGAGAAAUCUUGUGAGAAGAUCCACAAAGCUGUGGAAGCGGAGCAGAUAUUGACAGGCACAAUGUCUCACAGUGCCUCAGCAGACCAUGUGACCUUCUGCUUCAGCCAGGUUCAACACCUGUGGCUGCAGCUGGCUUGGCCUGAUUCGUCAGGAGACUUCAUCUUCAGGGUCCGCCUGGCGGAUGAUGUAUGCAAUGUAAGCAUGCUUUACUGUCAGCUGAUCAAAAGAAAAAUAGAGAUCAGUAUUCAGGAGGAGGGCAAUCGUCUCACCCCACAGCUGUGCGUCGCACUGAACAACAAUGAGCAUGUGCGCGUGUUCCUGGGGAACAUGUCCCAUGUCCUGGGCUGGCAGGGGGGACAGGAAGCCACGGCAGGAGCCCAGCAAGCAGACAAGCAGCAGCAGGUCAGCAGGGCCCACUGUGACCAGUUCUGCAAUACUGAUGCUGACCUGCAGAGGGAGGUCAAGUGCAUGAUGGCGCACCUCACUGAUAAGAUGCUGUUAGAUUUGAAAAAAUACAUCCAGCACAUUAGUCUGUCCCCAGACACUAUCAACAAUGAUGAGGCAGUCUCUCCGUUAAUGAAAUAUUUAGAUGACACUUUAGUGAUACUAAGUGCAUCUCUUGUCAAGAAGAAUUUGGCGAGGGUCCUGAAUGGCCUGUGGUGGCUUCUCUUCAAAUUGGUAUUUGACACCGUGGCAGAGAACAGUGGUGAUUCACUGGAGUUUUAUGGAAGGUUUCACUUCACUUUGGAGGCCUUGGUGGAUUUCUUCCAUGCUGAGGGAGAGGGGCUUCCUCUUAAGGACCUUAAGAAUGAAGACUACAAGGCUCUGGAGAAGGAGUUGUGGUUAAUGAAGUGCUCGUCUAGUGAGCUCAUCGAGCAGUAUUUUUUGGAGAAAAUUGCACAGCAGAGGACACUGCGACACAGUCAAUAUGGACGAAUCAGUGCGAAGUGUUAUUAUGAAUCCCAAGAGGAGCGGCUGGCUGUGGAGGUUCUGCACGCCUCUGAUCUCAUAGCUCUUGACACCAAUGGGCUGAGCGACCCCUUUGUCAUUGCGGAGCUUUGUCCUCAGCACCUCUUCCCCACAAGCAAAAGUCGGCGCACUCAAGUGAAGCCCAAGACUCUGCAUCCGGUUUUUGAUGAGGUCUUUUACUUUCACGUCAGUCUUGAGCAGUGCAGACACAGGUCUGCAUGUGUGGUCUUCAACGUGAUGGACUAUGACUGGCUGUCUGCCAAUGACUUCGCCGGGGAAGGCACAGUCUCACUCAGUGAUUUUUAUGGGUUGGACAAGCCUGGUGCAUCCAGAACCAUGCAGCCGGUCGUGCUCUACCUGACCCGGCCCAAACCCAGUGGUAAGGCUUUCUUAUCGGUCACUAAUGAUGGGUACCAUUAUUGGCUCACCAGUAUUAAUAAUUAG